AAAAAUUGAAAAACCAUGCCCAAAUUAUAUCCCGCCAAAAGAACCCAAAACUUCCAUUCUUUCCGAUAAAGCCCUUCCCCCCCUUUUUUCAAGUCCCUUCGUCUCUUGAAAACCGAAUCUACGUAAUAAAUUGCUAUUAUUAUUUGCAAACUGAAAUUUUUUUCCCCAAAAUCUCUGAAUGGAAAUGAAGAUCAAAUAGAGCAAUUGCUCUCCGUUUUCAGUAUCCCACUGAUUUCUUUCUAGGGUUUCGAAUUUCCAUCUGCUUCACUUCUCAAUUUCACCGCGCCAUGUCAAUUGAUACCAGCAAUUUUGGUGCGAACAAUUCUUCGCCACUUUCUCUGUCGAAAUCCGCCACCACCACCUGCGCUUCUCUCCUCCGUGAACUCCAGGAAAUAUGGGAUGAAAUUGGAGAAAAUGACAACGAGAGGGAUAAUAUGCUUCUUCAGUUGGAGCAAGAAUGCCUUGAUAUAUAUCGGAGGAAGGUUGAAAGAAGCAGAAAGUACAAAGCUGAGUUACACCAGUCUUUGGCUGAGUAUGAAGCAGAAAUUGCUCAAGUUGCUUCUGCUCUUGGAGAACGAGUUUCUUUACCUCGGUAUGAGAAGAUGAAAGGCAAUCUUAAGGAGCAAAUAUCUAUUAUAAGCCCCACAGUGGAGGAUUUGAGACGGAAAAAACAAGAGAGAGUUAAGGAGAUUUCAGAAAUAGAAUUCCAGGUUGCACAGAUCUGUGCAGAAAUAGCAGGCAGUGAUCAGAUUACUGAUAUUCAUGGAAUUCGAGUGGAUGAAUUGGACCUUACGACCAAGAAGUUGGGAGAACUGAAGUCUCACCUUAAGGAGCUUCACUUUGAAAAGAAACUGCGUCUGCAGAAAGUUAGUAGCCAUAUCAGCGAUAUCCAUGAGCUCUCAGCUGUCAUGUCGCUCGAUUUUGAGAACAUAAUGGGUGAAAUUCAUCCAAGUUUUGUUGAUUCUGUUGCUGGUCAAUCUAAAAGCAUAAGCAAUGAAACACUAGCUAGAUUGACCAGUGAAAUGAAUUCACUGAUACAAGAGAAACAACAGAGGUUACUUAAGGUACAACAUCUUGGCAGAACUCUUUUAGAACUCUGGAGCCUUAUGGAUAUGCCUAUUGAGGAGCAAACUAGAUUUCAUCAUGUGACUCGCUUAAUCGGUUCCACUGCUGGUGAGGUUUUGAUUCCUGGAUCUCUAUCUGUUGACGUCAUUGAGCAGACCGAAGUCGAAGUUGAACGUUUGAAUGUUUUGAAAGUCAGUAAGUUGAAGGAGCUUAUCUUUAAGAGGCAAUCUGAGCUUGAAGAGAUAUACAAAGGGGUUCAUAUGGAUGUCGACAGUGACAAUGCACGGCAGAUCCUCCUCAGUUUUAUGGAAUCUGCAGGUAGUACUGAUCUUUCUGAUCUUUUAUCAAGCAUGGACGAUCAUAUCGUAAAAGCCAAAGAACAGGCUCUAAGCAGAAAGGAUAUUUUGGAUAAGGUGGAGAAAUGGAGACAUGCAUCCGAAGAAGAAAGCUGGCUCGAUGAGUAUGAAAGGGAUGAAAACCGAUAUAGUGCUGGAAGAGGAGUGCACAAAAAUUUGAAACGUGCCGAGAAAGCUAGAGCUUUAGUCAGCAAAAUACCAUCUCUUGUUGAGAAUUUAACUGCAAAGGUCAAAGCAUGGGAACUAGAAAAAGGAAUGCCUUUUCUAUACAAUAAGGCUCCUUUACUGCGGACAUUGGAGGAAUUCUCCAUUUCCCGACAAGAAAAAGAAGAGGAGAAACGCAGAUCUCGGGAACAAAGGAAGCUACAAGAUCAAUUAGCUACAGAACAAGAAGCACUGUUUGGUUCGAAGCCAAGUGUCAAAAAACCGUUGGGUCAGAGCACACACGCAAACACAAUGGUUGCAACACCAAACAGUCGGCGUGUGGGCACUCCUUCAUCUCGUUUCGGAAUCUCCGGGGGAAAAGACAGGAGAGACAGCGGUAAGGUGGCUACUGUUAUUCCCAUCAACUAUGUCGCUCUUCCGAAAGACGAUAGAGGUGGUUAAUUAGACCACAGGUCCGUAUCCUUAUCCUAUCACCGCGUAUAUAGAUAGUUCUCGAGAGGUCCCGUUUCUUCUGAUUGUCUUAAAUGAAAUGUUUGCAUGGUAUCAAGUUGAAUAAGUGCUGAAAGCACAAUAUGUGUCUAAACAUCUUACCUUUUAGUAGAUUUCGUUUGUUUGUU